UGUGCGGAGCCAUGUGGGUGGCCCAUUCUGUUACUGCCAAUAGAACUGUCAGCUCUUGAUUUACAGCCCCUCCUCGUCCCUUUCCUGGCACAAGGGAGGUGGAGAACAAGGGUCAGAGGGUCUCAGGAGGAGAAGGGGCAAGGACCCUGAGGGCAGACUUCUGGGAGUGCAAGUUAUUGGGAAGAAUUCAUGGAAGCAGCUUUUCCAGGAGGCCAGGACGGCCCAUCUCUAACUGAAAUUGCUUGAUUUUAAAGCCGUGGGAACAGAAGCAGAGCAUCAAAGGGCAGCUCUGGGAAAGUGCAAGCCAGCCUCUAGUUCUGGAUGGCACUGCAAGAGACCCAGGCUCCAGUCCUCACCCCUGACUCCCACUGAGUUCCAGGGAGCCCAGCCAAUUGCCCUCUGCUCAACUAGCUGCCUCCUGCUAGUGGCUUAUGGGGUACAGUCCUACCCUGCCCUGCUAAGAUGCUCCUGGCCUCUCCCUCCGGUUUGUCCAGGGGACGCACCCCCAGCGCGGUGGAGAGGCUGGAGGCCGACAAAGCCAAGUACGUCAAGACGCACCAGGUGAUAGCACGACGACAGGAGCCAGCCCUACGCGGGGGUCCUGGGCCUCUCACUCCGCACCCCUGCAAUGAGCUAGGGCCCCCUGCCUCGCCCAGGACACCCAGAUCCGCGCGCCGUGGCAGCGGGCGACGAUUGCCUCGGCCCGACUCCCUCAUCUUCUACCGCCAGAAGCGGGACUGCAAGGCUUCGGUGAACAAGGAGAACGCCAAAGGCCAGGGGCUGGUGCGGCGCCUCUUCCUGGGCUCCCCGCGAGACGCCGCCGCGACCAGCCCGGGACCCGCCGAGCGCCCCGCGGCUGCCGGGGCGUGGGCCGCGCCGCCCGAGGCCGGGGAGGCGGCGGGCAAGCGGGCGCUGUGCCCCACGUGCUCGCUGCCGCUGUCGGAGAAGGAGCGCUUCUUCAACUACUGCGGCCUGGAGCGCGCGCUGGUGGAGCUGCUGGGCGCCGAGCGCUUCUCCCCGCAGAGCUGGGGCGCCGACGCCCCCGCCCCGCCCGGGGCCCCGCCGCCGCCGCCGGGCUCCCGGGACGCCAGCGACUGGACGUCCAGCGACGGCGGCGGGGAGCGCGCGGCCGCGGCCGAGGGCGGCGGCGGCUCGGAGGCGGCGGGCUCGGCGCGCGGCGGGCGCCCCGCGGUGUCGGUGGUGGAGCGCAACGCGCGCGUCAUCCAGUGGCUGUACGGCUGCCAGCGCGCCCGCGCGCCGCCGCUCGAGUCCGCCGUGUGA